AUGGAGAGGAGGAAAGCGGGCAGAGCAGGGGCGCGGGGUGGGCAGCAGGGCUCCGACUCGGGGCCCCCGUCCUCUCCCUGUGACUCCCCCUGGGAGUCGGGGCGGGAGACCCCGCAGGGGCGCGGGGACUUCUUCAGCCACAUGGAUGACAAUGGAAUCAUCGGAUUGGACGAGGUCUCAGCAGGGGAGGAGCUGGAGGAGGGGUUGGAAGGGGGCCUGGACCCGGCCUGGGACCCCGGGGCCCCGGGCCCCGAAGACGGUCCCCUGGAUGAGGACCUGCUGGAGGACCUGAGCAAUGGCCUCAGUGACCUGCAGGACUCGGAGCCCCAGUCCCCGUCCCCUGGCCAUUCCCUGUAUGAUGAGGACGAAGAGCAUGUGGGGCUGGAUGACUGGGAGAUGGAAGGGAACGAGGAAGAGGAGGCUGAUGAUGGCGAUGAAGGGGCAGCGGGCUGGGCGACCCAGGAGGCUCAGAUGCUUCCGGAAAGAGACAGGCAGCUGGACAUGACGGAUGAAGAGCGAGAGGGGGAGGACAGGGACACCAGGGGGCUCUCUGAAGCACUGCUCCCCGUCGCCGUGGGAACGCUGGACGGACGGCGAGGCCGGGACACCGUAUCCAGGGGCGGGGCCCGGGGUAGCGACAGCGCAGGGGAGAUUUCGGCAGGUCCGUUCUCGGGGGUCAGCUCCCCCUUUGAGGGAGAGGACGAUGGGAGGGGACUGUCGGAGGAGGGCUUCCCCAACCAGGACCUGUCCCCAAAUCUGCACCCUUCCAGAGGGGCCGGGGGGCCCACCCUGUCCCGCACCCGGGCGCAACACCUCCUGCACCCGCUCCAGUUAUCCACGGAGCAGCUGGACCCUGUGGGGGGGAUCGACGGCGAGACUCUGCCCGAAUCCGGCUUCACCGAGAGCAUCCCGGAGUCCCAGAGCAGCCGGCUGAGCCGGGCCCCGCCGGAGCCGCUGGCGGGCAGGGCGGAGGACCGGCCGGGGCCUGGAGGAGGAGGAGGAGGGGUGGAGGAGACGCAGGAGAUCAGCCCACGGCCUCGCCCUCUGCCCCGCCCCGCCCCGACUCCGUCUCCCCUCAGAAAAAAGACUCCCCGCGUGCAUCUCUCCAGUCGUAAGGCCAGGACCCCGCUCCCUGAGCCCUCCCCUCCCUACAGCCCAGAUCCAGGGGCUCGCUCAGGCCCCAGAGCCCCCCCCAGAGCCCCCCCCAGAGCCCCCCGGGCGAGCACGCCCAAAUCCUCCACAGAGUACCGCCACUCUGACCACUACGGGAAAGGGCAGCUGAACUUCCCCCUGCCUGAUUUCUCCCAGGUGGGGCCCAGAGUUCGUAUCCCAAGGGGAGAGGGGUACAGGCCGCCCAAAAGCAAAGGGCCCAGUCUUCAGGGGGCCUCCUGCUUAUCUGAGCCCCUGCUGGUGUAUAAGUCUCCUGCGGAGAUUGUGAGGGAGGUGCUCAUGAGCAGUGGGGAUAGUGCAGCUCCUCGCUCUCCCCCCUCAGCCACCCCCGCCCCCUCGCUCUCCUCCAGACCCCACAGGCGCGUCGAACCCACUGUGCCCCAGGAGUUCCGCUCCCCAGAGCAGGCUACCUCACUGGUGCAUCAGCUGCAGGAGGACUACAACAAGCUACUGACCAAAUACGCAGAGGCCGAGAACACUAUUGACCGUCUCCGACUGGAAGCCAAGGUGGGCCUGUACUCUGACCCCCCAAAACCCAGCCAUUCUGCCCAAUCAGGCACCAUCCAAAAGGGUUCAAAGGUCAUGACCCUAACUUUUCCCCAACCCCAGAGGGCAGAGUUCAGCCAAGAUGCGGUCAGCCCAGACCCAGGGCAGUCUGGAGCUUCCUGUGCUGAGUCCUCUUCCUCCCAGGCCCCGGGCCCCCGACCCGGGGAGCAGAUGACUGAGGAGCUGGCCAGCCUCACCAGAACAUUCCAGGCACAGCUCGACUCAUUUGAAGAUCUUCUGAAGAGCCGAAAACUGAAGCCGUUUGAACAGAUGAAGGGCCUGGCCGGUCUGGUGCAGGGUCAGGACUCUCUGGAGCGGGGUUACCUGAGGGCGCGGGACCAACACAGGGCCCUGCAGCAGCAGGGGAGGGAACCGCCCGCCUUCGACCCUGACCGGGAGGUGGAGGGGCAGAUAUUUCGGCUUGGUAUGCGUCUGGAGGAGCUGAGGGAACGGGUGGAGCAGGCCCUCCAGGACCACCGCGGGGCCAUGGCCUCUCCGUCCCCACCCCCAGCCCUCCAUCCCUGCUCCAGGCCCCACGGAGCCGGGGGCCCCACUCCGCACCCCGAGAGCCCAGUGUCCCCUGUACGAGGGGGGUUUGGGGGGACCGUGGGGGCCGAGGUCAGCUCCGUGAGUGGGGAGAGUGGAGAGGACUAUGGAGAGCUGGACGAGGGGCUCCCGUCUGGCCUGCCCCCCGCUCUGCUCCGCAAGCACCACCGCGUAGAGAGGGACUUUGACUCCCUGAUGGACCAAUACCAGAGUUUCAGGGAGCUUCCUGGACUCCUGACAGAGGAAACCACAGACGUGGAUUCUGCUGUGCUGCACACAACCUCUGUGGAGCAUGAUGGGAUAGCACCAGGACUCCAGAGGACUGACAAUGAGGAGGUCCGAAGGGCUGUCUUGCCCAUGCAGCCUGACAGAGGUGAGAAGGACACAGCGUUGGACACACCCCCUGAACACGCGGUCGACCACUUGAAAGGAGGGCUUUCGCUCCAGGAGCCCCUUCCAUUGGCUGGGCAGCAGUGCGGCGUAGUGAGGCAGGGCGGCAGGAAGUCACACAGCAGCAGCCUGGCCAGCCUGGGAGGGAGCACAGCCUCUGAGCGCCGCGGCUCCAAGCUGCACACCCGACGCAGCACAGCGCCCUCCCAGGAUGGGCUCCUGUCUCCUGAGACCGACAGCGGCUUUGUGGGAUCAGAGAGCAGCCACCCGAUGCCUGCAGCUGGCAGCCUCUCCCAGCAGGGGGCGAGAAUGAGCCGCUCUGCCCCUCUGAGAGAACGAGGAGAGGAACCUCAGCCAGCCUCAGACUCCGCCCGUACCCCGGCCCCUCGGAGACCCGUUCUGCAGGAGCGUGUGUGCGGCCCCUCCUGCGCCCCUGAGGUUCUGCCGUCAGGGCCGGGGCCCAGAGGGGGCCCCAGCCUGGCCCCGGCCAGCGCCUCGACCUCCAGCUCCCCCCAGCCCUGGACCAGCAGCCUGCUCUGCGGGUCUGAGUCAGAGAGCGAGCGCGCCCACAGCCUGUCAGAGCGUGAGGAGGGACGGGGUGUCCGUCACACACACCUGGCCAAUCGGCAGCCUCUCCGCCAGCCAACCCCGUCUCCUGCCAUGCCCCGUCAUCAUGGCCAUCCCCUCAAAGCCCUGGGCUCGGCCCAGCUGACAAAUCGACAUGAGGCCAUCCGGUCCUUGCAGGCCGAGGUCAGCAGGCUGAAAGAGCGACUGGAGGACAGUCUCAGACACCCAAACCCUACAAGCCGCGUUAGAUCGCCCCCUUCAGCCUCGGAGGAGGAAGGACAGCCUCACACCAGAGUGAGAGAGGAGUCUGAGGGCAGAAAGAGAGUGCGGGAAAAGGAGGUGCAGAAAAGGAGGAGGGACCCUCCCAGGCCCGCCCCGAGAAAGAGAUCAGCCUCUGUCCCACAGCACAGACCUGAGCUGGACAUCACCACUGAUUCUGAGUAUGCCCAGUCCGUCACCAAAGAACAGUCCUCCCGGCGUAUCCCAGAAGCCUCCGCAACACAAGGAGGGCAGAAGCAGGCUCGUCCUGUAGCUGUGAUGCACAGAGGACCCUACACAAAACAGCUCUACAGACUGACGCCCCCUGGAGGCGAUGAGGAAAAUGACAAUGGAAACCAGAGCAGCGGAACCAGAGCCUGUCCAAACUGUCGCAAUGGGAGGAUGCCCUCAGGGGGUGCCACCGACUCCGCCCACCGCCCCCUCCAUUCCCGCUGUUCCCAAUGCUGCCCUCUCUGCCGAGGGUCGGACUGGGGCCGGGGUCGAGUCACCCAGCCAGAUGGAGUCUCCGCCCUGCGGGUCAAGCAACCAAUGGACUCGCCUCACAAAGUUGGGGGCGUGUUCUUGGCAGCAGCUCCAGUGCCCGGCACUGUGCCUAUGGUUCCCUGUGUGCCGGUCUGUCCGUCAGUGCUGUAUGUGCCCAGUCCUGUGCUGAAGGCCCGUCCCUCGUACCCACAGCCUCUCUACCUCUCUCUGGACGGCAGCGCCGGCUCAGGAGCAGUCAGGAGCCAGGGCAGUGACCGCCGCCAUGCUCGCUCUCUCUCUGCCGAUAACCGCGCCCUCAGCCGGUCCCUGACCCGCGCCAUCGAGGCGGCGCGCGGCGUGAGGUCAGCCUCACGCAGUGUAGCCCGCUCCCUCUCCUCCGGGCUCUACCAGCAGGGCGUGCUCAUGCAGUCCUACCUCCGCUGACCACCAGAGGGUGCCAGUGACCGCACGAGUGGCUCUGCAGUGCCGCUCCUGACUCAGGGCCACCUGCUCUGCCCUGUCGUCUCCAUGGCUACAGAAAGGCUACUGUGCUUUCCCACAGUGUCCUGGUGAAUUAGGAAAACAUGAACUUUUUUACAAAGAUGUAA